AUGGGGGGUUCGGAGCUGCUGGAAUUGGGGGUUCGGAGCUGCUGGAACAGGGGCACGCGUAAGCGGAGAGAGGUUAAUGGCUGGGCUAACGCGGAAGAAGUUUCGUGGAGUGGACUAGAGGGUGCUAUGGGGUCGGGGUCAUGGCUUGUGACUACAACAACUGGAAAGGUGCGCACCAGGGAGGUGUCGUGA